ACACAACAUUAACCAAAUCUGCCAUGCGCAGUCUGGUAGGUGAGCAGCAACGGCAGGAAGUGUAGGACCACAAAUUGAAAUCUGUCAGUGCUGAUCUUUGAUUUGGACGACGGCUCCGCACUGGCAAUGGACUGGAUUGGUUUCGGCUAUGCUGCAGCCACCAUUUUUGGUGGAUUUAUGGGAUAUAAGAGAAAAGGUAGUGUGAUGUCCCUGAUUGCUGGUUUAGUUUUUGGUGGAUUAUCUGCGUAUGGAGCCUAUAACGUCUCCAAUGACCCAAAAGAUAUCCUGGUGCUGUUGGCCUCCUCUGGGUUGCUGGCAGUCAUCAUGGGAAUGAGAUACAAGAAAUCAGGGAAAUUAAUGCCGGCGGGGAUUAUGUCGGGGCUAAGCUUGCUGAUGGUGUUUCGCCUGUUGCUGCUGACCAUAAUGUAACCGACCAAACUGUAUUGACCAGACUCAGACGACUCUUGACUUUCCACAAGCAAGUCUUCACAAAAGGAAGCUAUUCCACCAAGUCUGUAUUUUUAUGAGAGUUUUUAAAAGGAAUUUAUUCAUGACCUGUAUGUGAGGCCGUGUGAUUGUAAGCACAAUUAUGCUAAUGAACUCUAAUUUACUUAUUGUUGUGGCAAAUACUUCUAAACACUGCAUUUGUUUUUUUUUGUUGUAUUUCAUACCCGUUAAUAAAAUAAAAAUAAAGAUCAGAAAUGUUAAAUAA